ACACGCUCUUCAGCCAAACCCUAAUUAUGAGCGUGUGUCUGCAUUUUUCCCUGACUACAAGAACAAAACAAAGUAUUUGUUCACUGCGUUUGGGAAUGGCUGUCGUCUUGAGCCACUGGAAUCCUAUGAGUUGACUGAAAAAGUGGACAGUGCAGAAUCUGACUAUGAAACUCAAUUACCGGAGUUUGGUCACUAUGUUGCAUUGUUGGAUGUCCAUUAUCUUACUUUGGGUAUCCAUGGUAACCCCAACUGUCUGCCAAAGUGGUGAUGGUGGCUUGGGUUCAGGUUUUGACGUGUAUUCCGUGACAAUGGCCAACCACACAAUCCAAGCAGUUGGUGAUGAGCCUGAAAGGAUGAGCGACAACCAAUCUUGGAUCACAUCAGGGGCAUUCUUUCCACCACCAUCACCUGCAGAGCACUACAGUCCUCAACCGGAAAAGUGCUCCGUCCACUUCAGCACCAACACUGCUUCAUCUCGAUGGCUGAAGGCACAGAAAGAUGAGUUGGCCUAUCUGCAGGCCAUCCAGCGUGGAAACAGAGCCAUAAUGGAAAACUUGGAGCAAUACGUUGGAGCGGAGGUGGCAGGUCAGAGCUAUGAAGGUGUGAUUAAGGAAAAUAUCAUUGGCAUCCAAGAGGAACACAAGAGCUGCCAAGAGGUGGUGGAUAAAGCUAUAGAAGAUUUAGAGAGGCAGCUAGAGGGAAAAAGGAUGGACUCUCUGGUUGGGUUGCAGAAGAUCAGAGAAGAGUCUUUGGAGUUUGAAGAAUUGCUUCGUAGAGUGACGGACAUCGCCAGCAGGCUGGAGGAGUCAUCGCAGACUCUGCAUGCUUCAUUCAAAAAGCAGCUGAAAGACAUUGUCAACAUUCACCAAUAACAAAAUAUCAAGGGUGAAUUUUUCCGCUGUCCCUGAAGAUCCUUAAGACCCACAAAGUAUUAUUUUCCAACCAGGCAUUAUUCAGGAGAUUUUCUGAAGUCAAAUGUACCCACAUGUUGUGAUGCUGAGCCAAGCUGAGUGUUUAUGGAUCACAUUCAAUGGGCCUUUGGAGACCAAACAUAAUGACACUGUUAGUCUUCUGUAGAAGACGCUGUGGCUCGACCAUCUGGUUCCAGGACAAAGACGGAGACCAUGUUUAAUCUUUUUUUUUUUCUAAUUUGUCUUUUUGCAGGGUGUCAGCUAAUCAUUAUUUUCACUGUUGUUUAAUAUGACUAUUACCUUUUGUAUCACAAAACAAAUAUUUAGCAUUUAAUAUGAAAAAAGACAAAAAAAAAAAAAAAAAAAAUCACAGAUCUUCAGAUGUUUUCCGACCAAAAGAAAUGUUCAGUCACACAAA